AUGGACCUCGACGCGCUCCAGGACCACCUCGCGCUCUUGACCAUCCACCUCAGCCAAGCAGAGGCCAACAGCUCGCUACUGCACAGCACCAUGCACGCACUCUGGCGCGGCCGCGCCAACCUCCUCAAGGCGCGCGUCUCUGAGACGCAGCGCCGGCUGCACUCGCUUCAAGCGACCAACCCGAUCGCGUCCGAGGUCCCGGCGAGUACCGCGAAGCCAGUGCUGCCUCGCCACAUCUUUGUCCUCGUGCACGGCGUGUACGGGUCGCCGACCGAUCUCGCAGCCAUCGCCAAGAAGCUCCGGUCGACGUUUGCUGACGACGAGAUGCUCCUUCUGCAGAGCCGAUCGAACAAAGGCAAGACCCAGCGCGGUCUCGAGAAGUGCGGGUCCAACUUGGCGGCCGAAAUCUCGGACCUGCUCUUGACGUACCAAUCGUCACCGCGUGGCCAUCGCAUUAGCUUCGUGGGGCACUCGCUUGGCGGGCUCAUUACGCGCCAGAGCCUCGUGUACCUCCAAGAUAUCUUUGCCAAGCAAAAGAUUGCGUGUACGUCGUACGUCUCAUUGUGUUCGCCGCACUUGGGCUCGCGCUGCGCCGGCGGGUCGCCCUCCAAGAACAUGUGGAAGUUUGCGGUGCACCAGGUCCUGUCCAUGACGCUCAUUUACGGCAAGACGGGCCACGAGCUGCUCUUUGAAGACAACCCCGUAGCGCCGUUCUUGGAGAGCAUGAGCGCUCCUCAGUCCAUGUACAUGCAAGCGCUGGCACGGUUCAAGUAUCGGACCGCGGUCGCCGUCAUUGAAGGCGACCAACUCGUGCCAUAUGCGUCUGCCUCGAUGAACCCAAACCCGUUGCCCGAGUUGCCGCCGUCAAAGGACUCGUCGAGCGUCUGGCAGUGGACGAUGCUGCACGAUGGGUUUGCAGCCACGUCGGCGUUUGGUGCCAAGCUCAGUGCUACAUUUCCCGCUCUGCCGACGGCGCGACCUGAGCUCUCGAUGACGUCGGACGGCCAGCCGUGCGACGCAGGGCACGAGGUAGCGAUCUCCGAAGGCAUGCUGAGCAACCUCCUCUCGCUGCCAUGGCGACGUAUGCACCUCCAGGUCGACAUGCGCGGCAUCCACAAAGUCCACGCGCUCAAUUUGCACGUGUGGCCCGUCGGGCUCAUGCAGCCGAGCAACAGUCGAAGCGACGAGUUCAUUGACGUUCUAGUCGAGAUGCUGCAUGCCGACCACAUGGAGAACGACGAUAAUGCUCCGUGUGUAUAA